AUGGAAGGCAGCAGUGAGCUUCAACCCUCUGUCGCAAAGACCUCCGGCAUCCUUGUCCAAGCGAAGCAGACACGGACCAGAUCAGGGUGUCUUGUUUGCCGUCGGCGACGAAGGAAAUGUGACGAGCUCAGACCAGAAUGUAUGAAUUGUCAUGAGAGAGGGGAGAGGUGCGAUUGGGGAAUGAAGAUAACAUUCCGAACCGAUAAUGCAACGAACAUUGACUCAGAACAUCCGUCGAUGCGGGAGGGAUCUAAAAGAAGAGCUCGGAGUUUUAAGAUUGUGGAUGUAACACCACAAAUUGAGAAGGGAUCUCGGAUAGACGAUCACCCACAGAUAAAUCUAAGUCAUACCCAUGUAGCAAUUAGCUACAAAAGUCCUUACAACAAUAAAUCUCUGGGGGAGAAUUUGGAACCUCUGGUCCCCGUAACUGACGAACCUUCCAUGUACCAUUCCCAAUUGCGUUCGGAGUCUCCUUCACUCAACACUCCCAACUCAAUGGUCGUAUCGUAUCCUGACGAUAAUUCUUCCAGAGAAGAUAACGAUCAAUAUAUGCAAGUAGACGCCAGUCGGAGAAGUGAGUCAUCUGUGUAUCACCGUCAAGCUUCUCAUGGUCAGUCGUAUUCCGAUGAAGAUCAUUGUAUUAGCAACCUAGAAGCGGAACAUAUGACAUCUCCUAAUCAUGACGUGUCGAGCGAUCGGACGGAUCCCAAAGGUGCAGCUGCUGAUCUUCUAGCACUACGGUAUUUGCAGCAAUCAAAAUCCGCUACUGCUGUAUCCCAGGUAUCAAGGCCUCCUCCCGACAAUAGAAGUAUUCUUACGGAUAUCAAUCAAGCACAGAUGCUCGAGCUUGAGGUCUUCGAUAACCAUCAGGAUGGUAUCUUCCUGCCUGGCUCAGAGUUUCAGGAAUCUCACUCGACUUUGAGAGAUCACUUGAUCUACACUGCGCGAUCGAACUGCCCGACUCGCGUAGGCACCCCAGAUUUACAAGCACCUGAUUUUAGCUUCGCCGAGAGAUCUUUCUCUGGAAAUAAAGGGGCAGACCUGAGCUCAGAAUCAGCUGGGCACUCCAGGCCACCUGAGAUUACACCACAACGAGAAUACCUUUUGUGGAAAACCUGGAUUGAUGAGCUCGCUCCAUGGCUUGAUAAAUUCGACAACAAGCGCCAUUUUGAACACAAGAUACCUAUAAUGGCCAGGAAAAUCCCUCAUCUCAAGAACUCGAUCUUGGCUUUAUCUGCUCGCCAGAUCGAAAUGAAAGAAACCUCCGAGUCAUCGUCGGAAAGCUUAGCGCUGUACCAAGAAGCAAUUCAUCUUCUUCUGCCAGAGCUACAAAGCAGGGAUACUGCUGUGAUAGCAUCCUGUGUUAUAUUGUGUGUACUGGAAAUGAUGAGUUGUUCUCCAAAAGAAUGGAGGAGGCAUCUGGAAGGAUGUGCAAAUUUACUAGAGGCUGUUGGAAUCAAUGGAUUCGUCGGUGGGGUGGAGGAAGCUUUGUUCUGGUGUUUUGCUCGCAUGGAUCUUUGUGGUGCUUUGAUCUCUCAGGAUAUCACGCUUAUUCCGGUAACACGUUGGGCAUCAAAUGUCGACUUCUCGUCUGACGUCAAGCUUUUCCGAAAUCGAGAUAAUGGUUUCGAUACAUACGCCAAUUAUGCAGUCUUUUUGUGCGCCAACUGCGUUGCAUACCUCAAAGCCUGUAAAGGAUGGGCUCCGGAAACGCAAGAUAGCCGGUGGAUUGAGCUUGUUAACCUUCUCGAUGAUUGGUACACAGUGAGACCAGAGGAAAUGAAGCCAAUCUUGAGUAUUUCGCUCAAUGAAAGCGAGAUUCAUCGCCCAUUUCCGACCGUGUUGUAUGGAAAUGGGCCUGCAGUCUCCGGCAACCAAUUGUAUCAUACAGCAAUGUUGUUAAUGUUGCAAGAAAGGCCAGACAGGCUGCAAGUACAACGAAGACAAAAAUCAAUAUUUUGGCAUGCCCGCCAGAUAUGUGCUAUCUCCGAGUCAAAUACACAUCACGGUGCGUGGACAAAUUCAAUCCAGCCCCUAUGGAUUGCGGGAAAGGUCAUGAGUCACCCUAGCGAACAUCGAGCUAUUUUAGAUAUACUAAAGAGAAUUGAACAAGAGACAGGCUGGGUAACGAGCUGGAGAAGAGAAGAUUUGAAGGCCUGGUGGGGUGACUACGAUAAUUGA